AUUCAUUCAUUACUCCACUCCCACUUCAACUCACUCACUCACUCACUCACUGACUCCACCUGACUCGUUUUUGUCCUUCUAUUGGGUCCAUUCAUCUCACGACAAUCUCCACCACUGCACUUGCUGACUCCUAUUUCGCCAUUUUCUUCUUCUUCUUCUCACCCACUUCAUCAUCAACAUUUUCUCUACAUAUUCAUCUUCUAAUGAUGCAUAGGUGCAGUAGUAAUAUGGUGGGUCAAUGUACAUGCGGCUUGUUUCAUUCCCAAACCAGCUGCAACUCUUUCACCAUGCUACUCUCCGUGCCCAACAAUAAUCAUAAUCACAAAUCUUAUUACAAUAAUAACGACGAAUCAGACAUGUACUACUCGUCUUAUGCUUCUACUGGUACUACUAGCUCUUCUGUUGAUUGCACUCUUUCAUUAGGUACUCCUUCUACUCGUUUGUCUGAGGAUGAUGAUCAUAAACGAUCGUCGUCUCGCAUGUCUAACUUCUGCUGGGAUAUUCUGCAAUCCAAAAAUAGUCCUAACUAUAAUUACCCUCCUCAAAACCAUAAGACCAGCCGCGCUGGCGGCAUUACUAAUAAUUCCGCUAAUAGUGACCCGCUCCUCGCUCGCCGCUGCGCUAACUGUGAUACUACCUCUACUCCUCUCUGGAGAAACGGUCCUCGAGGCCCUAAGUCUUUGUGCAAUGCAUGUGGAAUUCGGUUCAAGAAAGAAGAGAGAAGAGCAACGGCAGCAAAUGCAAGCAGUAACAGUAAUAAUGGAUCAGCAGGAACAACAAUGGAGCAGCAGCAGCACUAUGGCUAUCAGAAUAAUGCAUGGAUUCAAACGCAGAAAAUGCCGUGUUACUCUCCGGCGAACGAGUUCAGGUUCAUAGAAGAUAAUGAUGGAGAAUCUGAGACGGGGAUUCCUUUUCUUUCUUGGAGACUCAAUGUCACUGAUAGGCCUGGUCUUGUCCAUGACUUUACCAGAUAAACAGUUAUUCAAACUAUAAAGCAAAGCCGAAAAAGAGAAUGGUCAAGAUCAUCAACUGCAACGUAUAACGAUGAUGAUGUUGGUGAUGGUGAUGCUUGUGGUUUAGUCUCGUAAAAUUCAAUUUCUUUUUCUUCUUUAUUUGGUUUGUCUCCUUCUUAUAAAUCUAUGUUAUAAUUAGUUGCUUUGUUUUACUUUAUUAAUACUAAUUAUUUCUUAUUAUUUCAGCUAA